UUGCCGGGUUUCGGUGGCAAGUCGGUGCCAUGGGUGUAGAGGACGAGGAGGUGUCGAAUACUGGAGAGCCUGAGGAUGAAGAGGAAGAAGAAUUGGUGGACCCCAUAACGACCAUCAGGGAGCAAUGUGAGCAGAAUGAAAAGUGUGUGCAACUACGGUCACGCCUGGACACAUGCACAGAACGAGUGAAUUCUAGAUCGCAAACAGAAGAGACGUGCACCGAGGAGCUGUUUGAUUUCCUGCAUGCCCGUGACCACUGUGUGGCUGAACAAAUCUUCAGUAAAUUGAAGUGAAGUCCAAUUCUGAAAAAAGUCUACUGGAAUUCAUAUUGGUUGUGAAUUGCAUUAUUCACUGAUUUCAGACUGUAUACAAUAUAUGAAUCUUUGUGGUCUACUUCACAAUGAUUCGGGUAUUGCUUUUAUUGUAUUUGUAAUUGAGUUUGGUGCCAGCGUUUGUCAUUAAUAAAUUUAUUGCUAUACCUGUAA